AUGGGAAAGAAGAGAUCUUCGCGCAAGAAGCGGACGGUGCCUCCGGCUUCGGCAGUGGCGGAGACGCGGGAGUGGGCGGAGACGCGGGAGUGGAAGCGCGGUGAGCCGGUGGACUUCGGGAAUGCAGCGUUGCGUGAGUAUUACCGGAUGCAACAUAUUUGUGCGACCGAAGAGGAGUUGUCUACAAUGUUUGAGGUAAUGCAGGUGCCUCUGGCCGCCUCCUUCCGCUUAACGUGUUCCGGUGACCUGAAGCACCAGACCCAAAAGUUUUACGACACCUUGCAGAUUUUCGACCCGGCUGGUGACGGUACCUCCGUCAUCGACCGACCUCAGAGCGUCGCUUGGUACCCAGACGCCUACACCUUGUCCAAUGUCCCCCGGAAACUCAUUCGCCAAAACCCCUCUAUGAACCGCCUCAAGAAACGCCUCGUCCUUGACUUCGAACGCGGCGCCAUUCAACGACAGGAACUGGUCUCCAUGGUCCCACCGCUCCUGCUCGACGUACAACCCUCCGACGCCGUCCUAGACAUGUGCGCUGCACCCGGCUCCAAAACCUCCGAGAUCAUCGACCUACUCCACCAACAAUCGCGUGCGACGCAUGAGUGUGAGACGCACGAUUGUGCGUCUCACGAAUGUGCGUCGCAGGACUUUGAGGUUCCGCUAGAGGGCGCUGUGUUGGCGAACGACGUGGACAUCGACCGUGCGCGAUUGUUAUCACACCAGUUGACGAAGGUGAGUAGUCCGGUGUGCGCGACCGUCUGUAGCGAUGCGUCGGCGCUGCCGAAGGGUGUUGACGUGGAGACGUUGUACGACAAGGUGCUGUGCGACGUUCCAUGCUCAGGCGACGGGACCUUGCGAAAGAACGUGGACAUCUGGAACAAGUGGAGUCCGCGCAUGGGCAUCAGUCUGCACGCGCGCCAACUAUGCAUCCUCACACGCGGGCUCCAGCUACUUGCACCCGGAGGCCGACUCGUUUACUCGACCUGCUCUCUCAAUCCGCUCGAAGACGAAGCCGUGGUGGCUGCCGCACUCCAGCAGUUCGGCAACGAUGCGACUUUGCUCGACUGCGCACAACUGCUCCCCAGUUGCGACGCAAUGACACCCGGACUAACCACCUGGGUUGUCCCUGACGUGGACUCCUUCCGUGACCUACUCCCUGCAAACAGGUCGCCUGGGAGCAAAGGGACGGAUACGGGUAACACUGCUGUGGGGAUGGUCGUUUCUCACCCCGAAGACCCACCCCAACCUGAAGACGCCCAGCCCGAGCCCGAGCCGGACGCGGCCCAUCCUUCACCCGAGUCCAAGAGGGCUAGACGAGCGCCUGGGUACUUCGAAAACUUCGAGCAGUGGCAGCUUCUCCAGGCGACCGAGACACCCACUCCCGACGAGCAGGAGGACAGAGCGAGACGGCCAAGCGGGAGAGGACGGCCGGUGCCGAUUCAGAGUUCUAUGUUUUGCGACCAGUACAGUACAGCGAUUAAAAAGCAAUUGUCGCGAUGCGCGCGGUUCAUGCCGCACAAGAUGAAUAGCGGCGGGUUCUUUAUGGCUGUGUUUGAACGGCACGCGAACUCGGAGCCGGCUGUAAAGCGCAAGAAACGGGUCGCGCCGGAAGGCGACCGUAAAGCCGGCUCGUGGGCUACAGACGACACCAAACUGAUCAAGAGGCUGCGUCCCGACCUUGUUUCUGAUAUCGUGCGCUUCUACGGCUUGGGAGAGUGGACGAAGGACAUGUCACAAGAACGCGGUGCCGUCCGCGAUACUAGACCGUUAGUGUGGAAGCAAGUGGUGGACCACUUAGGGGAGCAAGUGGUGGAGAACGCGGUGGUGGAGGCGAAGACGUUGCCGGACGAGAUGCUGUACCAAAAGACGGAUUGUGAACGGCGCGUGUAUCUGGCGACACCGAGGUUGUAUCGGCUAUACGAACACGCCCGGAACCUGAACUUCAUUGCAUUCGGGUCGAAAUGUUUCGAACGAUUGGACGACCGUUUCUGCUCCGUAUCUUCGUGCGAUUAUCGUCUGACCUUAGAAGGGUCGUUGUGGCUAAGUCCUUACAUGAAGCGGCGCAAAGUGACACUGACCUACAACCUCAUGGCCGAUAUGCUCGACCGUGAUGGCCUCACCCGACCCUAUCUACUCGAACAGGAAAAACUUGGUCAUGUCAUAAACCUUAACUCCUGCCGUAACGUGGACUCCACCUCACCACACUUCCUCCUACUCGAAAGCGGAGGAGCUGUAGCAUUAUGCCACGGACCCAAAGGCACCAUGAAGGUCGCCUGUCUCCUUACAGCAUCCGGUAACCUCCAACCGCUAAUGAAGGCCAUCCUCCGACCCGGAUUGAUUGAAAUGUUACGCGCAUAA